AUGAAGAAGAUUCGGCAGCAGCAUCUCCGGGAGCCGGUCACACCAGAGCUCCUGGUGAGCCCCAGCAGCCAGGACGGGGACCUGGGCUCCGAGUGCCCAGAAGACAGAGGGAACUGGACGGGGCGGCUGGAUUUCCUCCUUUCCUGCAUUGGAUACUGCGUGGGCCUCGGAAACGUCUGGAGGUUCCCCUACAGGGCUUACACCAAUGGAGGAGGAGCUUUCCUGGUUCCAUACUUCAUCAUGCUGGCGAUCUGCGGGAUUCCCAUCUUCUUCAUGGAGCUGUCACUUGGCCAGUUCUCCAGCCUGGGGCCACUCGCCGUCUGGAAGAUAAGCCCUCUCUUUAAAGGCGUUGGCAUGGGCACGAUCCUCAUCGUCUCCCUGGUGGCCAUUUACUACAAUAUGAUCAUUGCUUACGUUCUCUUCUACCUCUUUGCAUCCCUCACAAGUGACUUGCCCUGGCAGCACUGCGGCAACUGGUGGAACACCGACCUGUGCCUGGACCACCAUGUCAUCAAAGCGGGGAACAACACCUUCCCCAUCAACAUCACCAACACUGUCAGCCCCAGCGAGGAGUACUGGAGCCGGUAUGUCCUGCAUAUCCAAGGGAGCUCUGGGAUCGGGGAUCCCGGGAGGAUCCGCUGGAACUUGUGCCUGUGCCUGCUUCUUUCUUGGACUAUCGUCUAUCUGUGCAUCCUAAAGGGAGUCAAAUCUUCUGGCAAGGUCGUGUACUUCACUGCCACCUUCCCGUACCUCAUCCUGGUGAUGCUGCUCAUCCGUGGCGUGACCCUGGAGGGGGCCUGGAAGGGGAUCAGGUUUUACCUCACGCCCCAGUUUGAUCACUUGCUGUCUUCCAAGGUGUGGAUCGAGGCAGCCUUGCAGAUUUUCUACUCCCUUGGGGUAGGCUUUGGGGGCCUCCUCACCUUCGCCUCGUACAACACCUUCCAUCAGAAUAUCUACAGGGACACGUUCAUAGUGACCCUGGGCAAUGCCAUCACCAGCAUCCUGGCAGGGUUUGCCAUCUUCUCUGUUUUGGGAUACAUGUCCCAAGAGCUGGGGGUCCCUGUUAACCAGGUGGCAAAAGCAGGUCCUGGCCUGGCUUUUGUGGUGUACCCCCAGGCCAUGACAAUGCUCCCCCUUUCUCCAUUCUGGUCCUUCCUGUUCUUCUUCAUGCUAUUAACCUUGGGCCUGGACAGUCAGUUUGCCUUUAUGGAGACCAUUGUUACAGCAGUGACGGAUGAAUUUCCCUACUACCUCCGGCCAAAGAAAGCUUCCUUCUCAGCUGUCAUCUGUAUUGCUCUCUUCCUGAUGGGGCUCAUCCUCACAACAGAGGGUGGGAUGUACUGGCUGGUCCUACUGGAUGACUACAGCGCUGGCUUUGGGCUCAUGGUGGUGGUGAUCACUACCUGCCUCGUGGUGACACGUGUCUAUGGCAUGAAGAGGUUCUGCCGAGAUAUCCACAUGAUGCUGGGCUUCAAACCAGGGCCCUACUUCAGAGCCUGCUGGAUGAUCCUGUCCCCAGCAACAAUGAUGGCUCUGCUGGUGUACAACAUCAUCAAGUACCAGCCCUCUGAGUACGGCAGCUAUCGCUUCCCUGGCUGGGCAGAGGUCCUGGGCAUCCUCAUGGGAGUCCUCUCCUGCCUGAUGAUUCCCGUGGGCAUGGUGGUGGCUGUGCUCCGAGAAGAAGGGACGCUGUGGGAGCGAGUCCAGCAAGCCAGCCGGCCCGCCAUGGACUGGGGCCCAUCGCUGGAGGAGAAUCGGACUGGCAUGUAUGUGGCAAGCCUGGCCGGCAGCCAGUCCCCCAAGCCGCUGAUGGUCCACAUGCGGAAAUACGGGGGCAUCACCAGCUACGAGAACACGGCCAUUGAGGUGGACCGCGAGAUGGAAGAGGAGGAGGAGGAAGAGUCCAUGAUGUGA